CUGCCCAGCGCGAUCGCGCCCCUGGCACUUCCUAAGAGACUCAGCCCUUUCUCUGCAGCUGCUGCUUGAAGACUCCACGCUUUCCCUCCAGAGGAAAGAAGCCCUCCAUCUAAAUCAGCUGUCUUCUCCACGUCCCUCCUUUCUCUCUCUGCCAGACGCCACCCCUACCCGUUCUAUUGUGUUGUGCCUUUUCCUUUUAGCCCCGCUUCCUACGUAAAGCCCUAACCUCCUUUGUAACGAGGGCACUUGAGCAUUUCCGAGCCUCGAGUUGUAAUGGAGCUGUAUGGAAAGAUGGCCUCUGCCCAAGAUGCCAGGUAUGGCCAGAAAGACUCCUCUGAUCAGAACUUUGACUACAUGUUCAAAUUACUCAUCAUCGGCAAUAGCAGUGUGGGGAAGACAUCUUUUCUGUUCCGUUAUGCCGAUGACUCCUUUACAUCUGCAUUCGUCAGCACAGUGGGGAUCGAUUUCAAAGUAAAAACUGUAUUCAAAAAUGAAAAGAGAAUCAAGCUUCAGAUUUGGGACACAGCAGGCCAGGAAAGAUACCGGACUAUCACUACAGCCUAUUAUCGUGGAGCCAUGGGCUUUAUUUUAAUGUAUGACAUUACAAAUGAAGAAUCCUUCAAUGCAGUACAAGAUUGGUAAGUUAGA